AAAAGAAAGCCUACUUGUUGUUUGGUUUCUACUUUCAACUCUCUCUCUCUCUCUCACACUUCACUCCACUUCACAUCCACAAUUUCUUCUUCGUCUCUCUAAUCUCUCUCUCUCUCUCUCUCCUCCAUGGGUUCUGUGAAGAUGCCUUCGCCCUUCUUCUGGAUCUCCACAAUGGCGCUUUUUACACUCUCGGCUGCUGCCACCGUCCACCAAGUAGGCGACUCUCCCGGUUGGACCACUCUCAUUCCCGUCGAUUAUGCCAAAUGGGCUUCUUCCCAGAAAUUCCAUGUCGGCGACACUCUUCUGUUUAAAUACAACAGCACGUUCCACAAUGCACUGCAAGUGACUCAAGAACAAUACAAAGCUUGCAACUCAUCUUCUCCGGUGGCGUCGUACAGCUCCGGCGCAGAUUCCAUCGUUUUGAAAAGACCUGGAACCUUCUACUUCCUCUGUGGCUUUCCCGGGCACUGUCAACUGGGGCAGAAAGUGGAAGUCAAAGUUACCUCAGGUUCAUCCUCUCAUUUACCUGCUCCCUCCCCAAGCCCAGGCCCAAGCCCAAGCCCAAUGGGCGGCCCAUCUGCUUCUGCUCCCACCCCAAGUGCUGCUUCUUCUCUGUCCCACUUCUUCUCUAUGCUAAUUUGCCUCUCAUUGGAGUUUGCUUUGUUGUACUCUGUGUUUGUUUGAAUUUCAAUGCUGCUUCUUCCACUUGUGUUGUUGUGUGUUCUACCUUAUAUGAUUGUACUUUGAAUGUUGGAGCUAGUUCUAAGUGUUGUUGUUUCUUGUUUGUAUCAUCAUAUACUAUGUAUUUCUCAUCUAAUUUGCUUGUUUGGUGUUGCUUGUUACCCAUUUGCUUUUUAGACUGAUUCAACUGUUUGUUCAUUGUUGUAUAAUAAGCACUUCAAAGAGUGUGUAGCUCAAA